AUCAACACUGUUCACAAUGAAUGUACUCGCAAUUUUAAUGCUGCUUCUUCCCGUGACAACUCAUGGCUUUCAAUUUCAGCAGAAAAUCGACUAUUGUAAAGACUGGAGCAAGAAGAUCGUCAAGUGUAGAAGGCACAUAUUGGUAACGGGGUACGGAGGCCCACGCAGAUUUGUUAGAAUCAUGAUACGAAUAAGUUGGCGAAGUUACUUGAGAAGAUACCGCUUCAAUCCUAAGUUUCCAGACUUACACGACAUGUUUUAUAAGGUCGAUCAGAGAAUUUGCCCACCUGAUAUAUUUGCCUACACCUGCUCACUGGGUAUUGCCACUUGUACUUACACGUUUCAUAUUGGCAUGCCCCUAAGGCCUUGCUAUGAGACCUGUGUGAAUUUCGCAAACGCGUGCAAGUCUAAGUACAUCUCUCCUUCACUCCAUAUGACGGUUGGAUAUCUGGGGCAUAGCUGCCGAUACCUUCCGUUUUAUGACGAUAAACUAUGCAUGCAGCCAGACAUGCGUACUGGAUGGCCCUUUGAUGGCUCAUGGAAUUGGUACAUCAUACGAAAUUUUACGAAAGAUUUUUAUGAAGCUUUUUUUAAGAGUCAAUACACUUUUGCUUUCACAGGCAGAGUUACUUCCAUUAAUAGAACCGGUUCUAUUUAUAACCCGUACUAUACUGUGCGAGUGAAUGUGACCGGAAUUGUUAAGGAAGAUGAAAAGCGUUCUAUUUCACCAAAGGUUAUGGAAUUCUAUGGCGGAAAUCGGAGAUGCCCCACUAGAGGCGUUUAUGCCUGCUAUAAGGAAGGGGGUGAAUUUGGCUUCUUUGGUCACGAUAACAAGGUACAAGGGUUGACAAUAAGCUUUAGCCUGACGCUGCCAGAUGAACAAUUCCUCUUGGACAUGGUGGAGAGAUUGUGGAGGACGAAAUACAAGGCUGAAUUAGCGGAAAUACUACGACAAAGACGUAUAGAGGAAGAGAUAAAGAGGAAGAAGGAGCAAAAGAAGCUGGAAAACAGGCGAAAAAACGGGAGGAAGAAGCCCAAGAAGACCAAGGAGCAGAGAAAGCUGGAAAUGUACAUUUUGACAGCUUCUGGAAGGCGUCGAGAUGAUGAUGACCGAUAAAGAUUGAUACUUGCGCAAUUUCAGAAGACGCCGUAUACUUCUAAUCGUUGAAAGAAACAUUUUUUUUAACUUUAUACCCCAGGAACCGGUCGUCAUCAUGUAACGCCCGAGGGGGGUGGGGGUGGGGUGUUCGGUCUUAAUCUUAUUUACUUGAUAUCCUCUCCUCGGCAGUUUUGAUAUUCAUAACCACUCCCCCUACAAUGGUGGGGUUAUUUCCAAACACCAAUGUUAAAUAUCUCUGCAGGUAAUUGAGAACUUGGACACUCAAUUUUUUAUAUUCCCCCUCUAUACUCAAUUAACGAUUACUGAUCCUCCUUCCUUUCCUCCCCCUCCCCUCCCCCCUCUUCCAUAAGAAUAAAUAAUGACUGAUCUUCCAUUGGAAUACUUUUGAACCUUGUAUAAUAACAUAAAAGGGCGUAAAAGUUUCAUCAAUUAUAUAUAUAUAGAUUAAUCAUUGUGUAAUUAAUUGUAUAAGAAUAUUAUGACUUGACGUGAACUUUAGAAAUCAGAGGCUUUUUAACGCCAAGCAAGGAAAGUUAGGAUAAUUUAUAGAGUGUGUCUAUAUUUAAAAACUGUAAGGUUUUAUGACCCUACCUUAGAAUUAAGAUUUUACCAUAAGUUGAGCUUUUUGAGUGCCAUUUGUAAACACAUAUAUGCGAAUAAAAAGUGCGUCACUAACUGUAUACAGUUAGGCUCUCUGGUUGUCCUGUAUGGGUACAACUUUUUCAAUGUGCGUGGCCAACUGUAGGGUCGGGUUCUCUUUGAGUGUAAAACUACGAAUGUUUUACUUGGCGUGACCAAUUGUACAGCCAGGGUCUCUUGUGUGUAAAACAAUGGAUAUUUAAAA